AUGGCAGACCUUCAUCUGGACUCUCCCACUCCAAUAAACACCCUGAAUAAUAGUUCAGUAGCUCUCAAGGCACUCGUACAUGAAGACAAGUUUUUAUCUCAUCCGAUCUACACUAAGUAUCAAGCUUUAUACGCAGAUCAUCUUGAAAAGAAUAAAUCAAAUUCAACUGUUCAUGAUGUCAUUGAAAAUAUAAAGCCCAUGCUCACGGGCCAUACUUUGGCUGGUCCAGAUAAAAUUUCAUUUCGUAGCCCAUCGUCGUAUAUAAUGGACCCAAUCUUUUUAGACACUGAAAAUCCUGCUUCUGUGGAUGCCUACGGACCCGAAUCUGGUAACCAAAACUCCUCUUUUACAUUCUUCCAUUUGGGCGAAGGUUUGACAGGUCAUAAAUCUAUCAUUCAUGGAGGGCUACUUGCUACUAUCUUGGAUGAACUAGCAUGUAGAUUGGCAUUCUUAAAUUUCCCUUCUAAAAUGGGAGUUACUGCGAACUUAAAUAUCACCUAUAAGAGACCAUGCUUUGUGAAUAAUUAUAUCUUGGUUAGAUGUGAUGUCUCAAAGAAGGAAGGGCGAAAAUGCUCGGUCAAUGCCAAAGUUUACCUCAUAGAUUUGGACUCGGACGAAGUUGAAGUAGACAAGAAUUUACUUACUGAAUGUGAGUGCUUGGUGAUCGAACCAAAAUGGGUGAAAGAGCUUAAUAAUCAUUGA